ACCUCCGAAUCAAAAGGAGUCAAGUGAGUACGAGUCACCAAUGGCAACUGUGAUCACGCACACACAAGGUCUGGUGCAACACUCCUAUCUAUUAGCCAUGCAUGCAUCUUGAUGAACGCGCGGCUGCCUGAUCUUGAAGCUCGACCGACCCCAGCACCCUUGACCUCUUGUCACCAGAUUCCGCAGCACCAGCCACAAGUGAUACGAUCACUCGCACAGCCCACGCAUCAUGUCUUCCGCACCAGUCUGCGAUUUCAAGUCUCCUGGAGGAGCAAACAUCCUAAACGCAGCGCCCGUCGAGGAUGCACACUCUCACGGCCACUCGCACGGCCACACGCAUGGCGGAGAGCAUGGUCAUACGCACGAGCAGAUGGAUCAUCCUGGGAAGUACGAGGAGAGGGAACAGCCGGAUCACUCAGGGAGGGACUGGAACGAGAGAGCCUUCACUGUUGGCAUCGGGGGUCCGGUCGGGUCAGGCAAGACUGCUCUGCUCCUCGCCCUCUGUCGCAAGUUGAGGGAUCGACUCAACCUGGGCGUGGUCACCAACGACAUCUUCACCCGCGAGGACCAAGAGUUUCUUCAUCGCAACAGUGCGCUGGAGCCUUUGGACCGUAUAAGAGCCAUCGAGACCGGCGGUUGCCCGCACGCUGCCAUACGUGAAGACAUCAGUGCCAAUCUGGGAGCGUUGGAGGCGCUUCAAGCGAAGUAUGCCUGCAAUGCACUACUGUUGGAGUCUGGUGGAGACAAUCUGGCUGCUAGCUACAGCUCAGAGCUCGCCGACUAUCAAAUCUACGUCAUCGAUGUAGCAGGUGGAGACAAAGUCCCGCGCAAGGGUGGUCCAGGCAUUUCGCAGUCCGACCUGCUCAUCAUCAACAAGAUCGACCUGGCAGAGCACGUGGGUGCAUCUUUGGACGUGAUGGCCAGGGACGCAGCAAAGAUGCGCGACGGUGGUCCCACCCUCUUCACCAGCGUUCGUCUGGGCCAAGGCGUAGAUGAGGUCAUCGAACUCAUCCUUGCUGCUCGUGCCGCUGCGCCAGGAGCGGAACAAGCUGGUCGACCCUUGUGAAGCGGCUUUAAUGCUUGGAUGGUUGCUGACGGAUGUCAAAGGACGGGGCGACCCUUUCCCUCUUCGAUCAAGAUUAGGGAUGAAGAGACCUGUCAUGGCUGGAGUGCCAAAAGGCUUGGGAGCGCUGCGAGCAAGUGCGGCACCGAUGGCAAACGAGCCAUCAGCGUGACUUUAGGCAGGAACGGAAAAUGUUGUGCAGCCGAGAAAGCUCAGAUUUUAAGGGAGAAGACAGAAACGUUGUAAAGUACAA